AGCAAGCACAAGCACAAGCUAUCUAGGAGUAGCUUACAACAACAACGUCCUAACCUCUUCCCUAGCUAGCUCAGCUGCUAACCACAUCCCCACUUCCAUCCAUCUUGCUGCCGUUUUGUCUCAUCUUAUUUGGUUGCAUCCAUCCAUCAAGUACAUAUAUACACAUAUUCUCCGAUGUGCAUGCAUGCAUUCCUGAGCUGAUCGAUCCAUCCUGUCACUGGUUGCGUUUGCUCGGACAUAGAGCAGAGGCAGUGAUUCACUGUCGAUGGACGGCGGCGGCGUGGUGAUGGUGGGGCGGGCGGAGAUCGACACGAGGGCGCCCUUCAAGUCGGUGAAGGAGGCCGUCGCGCUCUUCGGCGAGAGGGUGCUCGCCGGGGAGCUCCUAUUCCACGCCCCCCGCGACGCCAACACCGCCGAUCAGCUGCAUCGAGUGACGGCAUCGCCAAGACCCGUUGUUCACCACCAAGCCGUCACCAUCGCCCCGGCCGUCGCCAUGGUAGCGGCGCCACCGCCGCCGCGUCGCAUGCCGGCAGCGCCGGCGACGAGGGAGCUGGACGACGCGAAGCACGAGCUGGAGAAGGAGCGGGAGGAGAAGCACAAGAUGGCGGGUUGCAUCCAGUCGCUCCAGCAGGAGCUGAGCAGCGCCAUGAGGGAGCUGCAGAAGCUCAAGGCGCGCGACGAGGACGCCCGCGCCAAGGUCAUCGAGGUGGAGGACCUCAAGUUCAUGGAGACCGACGAGCCGCAGCAGCAGCGCCACCACCAGCACCAGCACGAGAGCCCGCCUGCCAGCGGCCACGAAGCCAUGGCAGCGAGCCGCGCCGCAGCCGCCGCGGAGUUCCAGAAGAAGAGGUACGUCACCUUCGCCGACCCGCCAGCCGCCGCGUACGACCGCGCGCCCUCGCCGCCGCGGGACGUGGUGCUGGAGCUGCAUCGACAUCAUCAGCCGCAUUACGCGCCGGCGGCGGGGCGGCCGCAGUACCGUGAGGCACGGUUCCAGAGGCAGGUGUCGGCCGGGCCAGGGCACGAGGCGGUGAAGAAGGCGAUGGCGGCCGCGGCAGAGGAGGAGGAGGGAAGGAAGAAGAAGAAGAAGCCGCUGAUCCCGCUGGUGGGCGGGCUCUUCAUGAGGAAGAAGAAGAGCUCCGCUGCGGCCGCCGGUAGCCACCACGCCGUCGACGGCUCGUCAACGGUCACGCCGCGCCCGUCGUUCUAAUCGCUGACGUCCAUCAUGAUGCGUGCGUGCGGGAGUUGCUUAAUAGCCCUUGGAUCUUGGAGUCGUGACACUGCAAUACGUUCGGUGAUAGUGAUGAAUCAAUAAACCUUUAUAGCAUGCAAUGUAUAUUUUUGUUUCUCGGUACAUGAAAAACAACAGAUUUUCCUAUGGACAAUAUGUAUAAAUUGCACUUCUUGUAAUUAGUGUACUCCAUACUA